GCAGGGAGCGGGGCGGCGCGGCAGUGCGCCCUGAGCCGCGCCCGCAGCCCCGACAGCAGCCAGCGGGAACCGCGCUGGGAGGGAUGCGGGGCGCCGGGGAGGAGGCAGGGGCGGCGAGCGCGGCCCCCGCGCCGCUGUGAGCCCCCGGCGGGCAGCGGGAGCGGCGGUACCUCCGUGUAGGCGCACGGCCUCUGCGCGGACAGACGCAUACAGCCGCCGUCCGACAGCAGCGCCGCUUUCCGCCCCGAGAGCGUCCUCCGAGGCGCAGCCCCGAUGCCCGGCGGGACGGCGGGGCCGCCGCUCGGGUGCGUAGCUCCCCGCUAGAGGCGGCGGCCCCCGCGGGCUGGAUGCUCGUCGCCGGUGCGGGCGGCACCCCCGGGCCGGCCGCCGGGGCCCCGCGGCGCUAGGGGCCGUCCGGGCCCCCCGCCCCGGGCCGGCGGCGGCGGCGCGGGGAUGCUGGCGCUGGGGCAGAUGGACGGCGCGCCCCGGCAGGGCGCCUUCCUGCUGGGCAGCCCGCCGCUGGCCGCCCUGCACAGCAUGGCCGAGAUGAAGGCGCCGCUGUAUUCCGCGUACCCCCUGCCCGCCGGGCCCGCCUCCUCCUCCUCCGCCUCCGCCUCGCCAGCCUCCGCCUCUCCCUCGCCGCCGCUCGGCUCCCCCGGCCUCAAGGCGCCCGCCGCCUCCGCCGCCGCCGCGGGCGGGCUCUCGGCGCUGGGCACGGCCCCGCCGCAGCUCUCGGCCGCCACCCCACACGGCAUCAACGACAUCCUCAGCCGACCCUCCAUGCCCCUGCCGGGCGCCGCGCUCGCCUCCGCCUCGCCCUCCGCUUCCUCGGCGGCGCCCGCCGGGCUGCUGGCCGGGCUGCCCCGCUUCGGCAGCCUCAGCCCGCCGCCGCCGCCGCCGCCCGCCCUCUACUUCAGCCCUGGGGCCGCCGCCGCCGCCGCCGCCGUGGCCGCCGGGCGCUACCCCAAGCCGCUGGCCGAGCUGCCCGGCCGGACGCCCAUCUUCUGGCCGGGGGUAAUGCAGACCCCACCCUGGAGGGAUGCCCGCCUCGCCUGCGCCCCCCAUCAAGGCUCAAUUUUGCUGGAUAAGGACGGAAAGAGAAAACAUACAAGACCCACUUUUUCUGGCCAGCAGAUUUUCGCUCUGGAAAAGACUUUCGAACAGACGAAAUACCUGGCGGGCCCGGAGCGAGCCCGGCUGGCCUAUUCCCUGGGGAUGACGGAGAGCCAAGUCAAGGUCUGGUUCCAGAACCGACGGACCAAGUGGCGGAAGAAGCACGCGGCGGAGAUGGCGACCGCAAAGAAGAAGCAGGACUCGGAGACGGAGCGGCUGAAGGGCUCCUCGGAGAACGAGGAGGAGGACGACGACUACAAUAAGCCCCUGGACCCCAAUUCGGACGACGAGAAGAUAACGCAGCUCCUGAAGAAACACAAGCCGGGGGGCGGCGGGCUGUUGCUGCAUCCCCCGGAAGGGGAGGCCUCCGUCUAGCCCGCUUCGCCCGCCGCCGCUUUCGGAGAUGUACAGAUCUAUUUUUCUAGACUCUACGCGCCCGGGAGGAGGAGGAGGAGACGCCGGAGGGGGAGCAGAGAGGACUGCGGGCAGCGGGCCCCGGCGGGCGCGCCCGGUCCCCGGCGCCGCGUGUUGUUGUAGGGUGGCGGGCGGAGGGGAGCGGCGGGGGCUGCCCUGACCCCCGGCCCCGCUCCCGGCCGUGCGGCGGCCGCGUCUUUGCCGGCUCUUUGUAAAUAAACCGUGAGUCACCGCGACCAUAGGCGUUCCUUACUGUGAAUAUUUAAAAUGUAAAAUACCUUCUUUUUUUUGUACAGCGGGGGCCGGGGGCGCAGCCGCCCCGCCCGCCCCUGGCAGCAGCGGGGGCACCGCAGGAGCCCCCGAGACGGCGGCAGCGGCACCGCCGAGGAAAAAGCCGCCGUGGUCGCCAGCGGUUCCUCCCGCGGGCCGAAACUGCGGCGGCCCCACGUGCUAUUUAUUAGUAUUUUUGAAACACUUUCUG